UUGAAUUAGAAAGACUCCAAAUUUCACAACCAAAAGGCCAUCUCUUCUAGCAUACUUCAAAUUAUCUCCAAUGGCAUUAAAGCUACUUCACCUUCUCUUGGUUCUCUCUUUUAUAGGUGUUGAUGCUGCCGUUUUUACGUUACAAAACAACUGUAGAAACACCGUGUGGCCAGGGAUCCAAGGCGGAGAAGGAAAAGCUCCACUAAUGAAUGGUGGUCUGCGGCUAAGAAGUGGAGAAAAUGUGAAUAUCAGUGCCCCAGAAGGGUGGUCAGGCCGGUUCUGGGGCCGCAGUUUGUGUUCAUUUGAUCAGUCAGGCAGGGGAACAUGCAUCACCGGAGACUGUGGUGGCCAAUUGCAAUGUUCCGGAACAGGCGGUGCACCACCUGCUACGCUUGCAGAGUUUACCCUAAAUAGUCCUGUGGAUUAUUAUGAUGUUAGCCUAGUCGAUGGCUAUAACAUGCCUGUCUCAAUAAUCCCUUUGGGUGUUUCAAGCUCAUGUAACCGUGCUACGUGUGUUUCUGACUUGAACCAACGCUGCCCUAAUGGCUUGGAAGUGAAGAGAAAUGGGCGUGUUGUUGCGUGCAAGAGUGCAUGCUUGGCAUUGAAUAGGCCUCAGUAUUGCUGCACUGGACAAUACAGCAAUGCUCAGACUUGCAAGCCUACAAGCUAUUCGAAUGCGUUCAAGGCUGCUUGUCCUACUGCUUAUACUUAUGCCUUUGAUGAUCAGACAAGCCUUUUUACUUGUGAUGGAGCUGAUUACUUGAUUAGGUUUUGUUAAAUUUUAUGCAAAAAGAAAGAAAUUUAUGCAUAUGCAUAUAUUUAGAUUAUACUUUCUGCUCAGCUUAUACUAUUGCAAGAGAGGCUGCUGGUUUUUUUUUUCUUUUUCUUUUCUUUUCCUUCUCUCUUCAAAUUGUCUUUAAAUUUUAGUAAUUCUGCAAAAAAAAAAAAGGGAAGAUUCCCUUAUUCAUGAUACUCAUGUUUCUUCCUUGGAUGUAUUGUCAUGUAUUGUCAUAUUAAUAUAUAUAA